AUGGUGCCAACUAACCGGAAAGAAAGUUCACGGUUUCCAGUACCGCGUAGUCUUCAGCGUCAACCGGGUUGCUCUACGUUGCCUCUACCGUCGUCUUCACAACCUGCGAGGUCUCGGAAUAAGGUUGCAUUGAAACCCGGCCAUUCGGCGCUUGACUGGCAUGAAAAGUCGCAAAGUCAGGGUGUGAAAGGUAGAUUAAUUCAUGGAAUAGAUCCAGGGGCUGCAUGGUGGGAAAACUUUAUAUCGCUUCAACAUCCAGCUUCUAUACGACAGCUAGAGAUAGGUAUUCCAGUGUAUCGCAUUAGACCACCUUUAAGAGUCGACAAAGUAACGCUAGAAUGGAAUAAGGACAAUAACUGGUGUGUGAUAAAAGGACGUGUGUAUUGUCUCACAGAUUAUCUUGACUUCCAUCCGGGAGGGGUUGACAUUCUUCUUAAGAAUUGCCAAGGGAAAGACGCUACCGCAUUAUUUGACCGGUAUCACAGAUGGGUUAACGUAGAGCGUUUGCUAGAGUUUUGUGCAAUAGGCGAAUAUAUACUAUAG